AUGUUUCUAGUCAUAUCUAAAGUUUCUAUCAUAUUCUUAUGCUUGGUUUGUUUAUUCGUAAGGCAGGUAGGUACACGAGCUCAUCUUUACUCAGCAAGCGUAUCCUUUGGCGCGAAAAACAGCUUCGCGCUGGACUGUCGGGUCAUAUUUCGAAACUGGUUGAAGGAUCUGUGCUGUUUACAUAAUUUUUUUGUUUUGUUUUGUAGAAUUAUUACCAAGAUUUACAGCAACUCCUCCAAAUCCGUUGUAUGUUUUGGAAGGCAAUAAUAUCACCUUUGUGUGGCAGUACAACCUUAGUGGAACGUUUGACAGAGUUCUCUUUCGGUUCGUCAGCAGCUCUCCCUCCCGCGUCGUUGUGAUCAAACAUGACAUAAACUUCGACGCAGCGGUUCCAAAAGGUGUUUACCAGGGUCGCAUUCAAGAAAACAUCAAUACUACACGAUCAGAAAUUACAAUCUUUGAAUUACAGAGAUCUGAGAGUGGAGAAUACGAAAUUGAAGUGACCAACCGUAAUUUUGAUCUUGCCAGAGACAAAACGACUGUUCUAGUACAGUGUAAGUAAACCGCUAAAAGUUUCAUGAAUAUUAUCGUUACUGUUUCUAUCUGUUGUAGAUUGAAAUAUUGAAAUUACUCCGUGAAGGUGAAUCUUGCUUUGUUGUUAGAUAUUUAAUUUCAUUCAUUCUUGACGCAAACUGCUGCUAUUUUCCGGGUAGCCUAGGAAUGUAGCACUAAAGUAAUAUCUUUGCGCAAUCUCCGCUAAUUUCAUUCAGACAUGACAAAAACAUAGGCCACUUUUUGGUCAAAAGUCCAUGUCAAAGCAAUAACCAACCUGGAACUUCAAAUGCAUUUAAGUUUUGGGCAGAUUGGUCCAAUUUUUCAAAUUUUUACUGUGGGAUGAUUUAUCAUAACCGUUCGUCGUGGCUAACGGAAACGGCUGCGUUUGUUGCUGCUUUAAGCUUAUUUUAAUCGUACUGCUUGUCAGAAGCACGAAAAAAUAACCUUCAGACGAUGAAUCAACCAACACAACCUUGCCUGAGCCAGAGAUUACAUCAUAUCGACACUUCAGUGAAGAUAUACAGACCCGUGUUACUAUCGGCUUACAAACUGCCGGCGCCAUGUUGGAAGUUUAAGCAAGGUGACAGGCUAUUAUAGAGCACGGGUUAGCCGCUACGCGAAGUCAGAUUCUACUUUCCAACUAGUGUGAGUGGUAAUAAGCGGAGAUGUUAGCGAGAACCCUGGACCAACCCUCAAAACCAUUCAGCCAUACUACCGAUGAAUCGUUUUCCUCGCUGUUUGGCGACAACCAUCAGGACUCAAUCGGAGACUUGACUGCUGAGUUGGCGACUAACGCAGAUGAUUUGUACAAUAUGACAAACGAGCUCAAUGCCGCCCCAGAAGAUAUUCGUGUUGGUCAUCUGAAUAUCUGUAACUUGCGUAACAAAACUGAUGAACUCAUCGCAGAAAUCAAGGACAUUUCGAGCCCGCUGACAAUUAUCAGCGAUAUAUCGUAUUACACUCUUGAACAAUACAAUAUCAAGAGAAUUCAAUAUGCCGGCGAUCACGGCUCGAUCUGCAAAGAAGGGUGUUUCGUACCAUGACUGAUACAAUUUGAGCACCGCAGAUCUUCUAUUUGAUGAAAAGAAAAAGAAAAGUAGACCUGCAAGUAAAUCUUUGGGAUUUUUCGAGGCAGAGCGAUGACAUGAUGUUAGAAUUUUGAUUUGCUUUAAUUUAAUUUUCGCGCUAAGACUACUGAAUUUGCAUUCAAUGCCUGGAAUAUUUUUAUUCCGAAGAGGACCGAGAACUAAUUUAUUUCCCUGCAAGAACAUAAACAAAUAUGGCCGACGAUUCGAAGAUCAGCGUUGCUCGUGUUUAACUAUUUCAGUCAUCGUUUUCAACAUGGCGUCUCGUCACUUACUCAACAUGGAAAAUAAGGGAUAUUCUGGCGCGUUGGGAACUUUUUUGAUGGGAGGAAAUGGCAAUUUUACAGGAUAUUUGGACGCUUCGAACUCUGUAGCAGUCAAUUCGAUCGAAAGCAGUUGACUUUAUUGAUGCACUUUCCUGUAACAGGCGAGUGUUUGGGACGGAGAACGACGGAUUUUGAAGAACUGUAUGGCGACCUAGGUCAAUAAUCAAUGACAAAAGAACUGGCUCGGGAAGUAAGUGGUUUUUAUUCAUCGAGUCCCUGUGAGGUUUGAUGAAUAGCAGAAUCAGUGCUGAAUAUGUCUCGAUCGAGAGCAGACGGGACCAUGAGCUCCUGAUUGUUAUAUCUUAGAAAUUUUACAAAUUUCCAUACAGUUUCUUAUAUUAUUUGGACGCCAUUAUGGACGACAUGCGCAAGCGCGGCCGCCAUCUUGUCCAAUAUUUCUGCCGAUGUUAGACUGAUACAAAACAUAUGCCGCUUCGACAUCCUAGGGAUCACUGAAACACACUUAAACUCAACAGACGCCGACCGUGAUAUUCACAUCGACGGCCUCGAGGUUUUACGCCUUGAUAGAAAGGAACGUAAAGGUGGCGGAUGUGUAUUGUAUUCAAGCCAAAUUUCCAACCACUAAUUUACUGUUUUCAGUGAUUUACAGAUCUGAACUAUACUCGUCAAAUUUCUUCACUAAUUUACAGGACGUAUUGGAAUGUAUUAUCCAAAGCUACCAACCUCAAAGUAAGGAAGAAGAUAGGUCUAUUAAAGCGUGACGACAACAGCUUAGCGGUAAAAGACACGGAGAAGGCGAGUCCUAUGAACUGUUUCUUCUCUAAGAUAGCUAAGAAAUUAAAUUCUGGACAACUGCAAGCACCACAACUCCUGACCAGUCCAUGAUCCAUAUAUGUAUCAUGCAUAUCCGAUAUUAAUUUAUCUAGCCUUGAUAUUGACAGGAAAAUAACAUUAUUGAAGAAUAACAAAGCCAUCGGACUGGAUGGUUUAUCACCUAAAUUAUUAUACGCGAAUGUAGAGUCUACAGUAAAUGGAAAGUGGCUAGAUUAACACCUGUAUUCAAAUAAGAUGAUGCCACGGAAAUGAGUAAUUAUCGUUCCCUCUCCUUGCUAAACGUACCCAGCAAGAUUUCAGAAUCAUGUGUAGCGGACAUGAUUAAGAAACAUGUUUUCUCGGAAAACGAAGCGCUCGUCACUGACAACCAAUGGGCCUACCGAAAAGGAAGAUCGACAGAGCUAUUACUCAUCCACCUGACUGAAACUUGGCGACGAGCAAUAGAUAACAAAUUAGUUGUGGGCGCCGUAUUCAUCGACUUCCAGAAGGCGUUUGAUUGCGUUUCACACUCAAUCCUUCUCCCCAAGCUGGAGCACAACUUUGGAAUCACGGGAAACUUAUUGGCAAGGUUGAACGGGAACAGUAUACUGUAAUCAAUGGCGUACCCUCUGAGAAUACCAAAGUUGACCACAGUAUACCACAGGGCUCCGUACUCGGGCCCAUACUCUUCGCCUUGUAUACAAGCGAUCUACCGAAAGCAACGACGUUCAUGUAUGCCGAUGAUACUACCAUGUACUGUGUUGGUAAAUCUGUAGACCAGGUCACAACAACGCUGAACAAAGCUCCAGAAGAACUCGCCCUCUAGUGCAAACAUAACUCCCUAGUACCACACUCCAAAAAGUGCGAGGGAAUGAUCCUUAAACGAAAUCAUCUUAUCGGUCCCUUAGGCAGUUUAAAAAUUAGCCAGCAUCUCAUAAAUUGGUCCUUAAGUUCUAAAAUGUUUGGUGUAACCAUUGACUACAAGCUUACGUGGUCAAAACACAUGUCAGAGUUCAAGAGAGGGUUCGUUAAAAAGCUCAAUUUGAUCAAACGCGGCCGCUUUUCACCCAGGAAUUCGCUUUUAGAUCUCUAUUUGAAAGUCAUUUUAUCCUCAGUUACAUAUGCGCUACCAAUUUGGGGGUGUUGUACAAACAAAAACGAAUUUAAUUCUCUGGAACCAAUACAUUGUAGGGCCGCCAGAGUUAUAUAUAACCUCCCGCGCGACAUGCCUUCUGAGGAUGUAAGAAAAACAGCUUACUGGGACUUUUUAUUCGACACUUAUAAGGUCAAAAUAGCCACCUUAAUUUAUAAUAUCUACAACCGCGUAACUCCACCAUGCUUGGAACAUAUAAUCCAAAGGUAAGAGCAUAAGUAUGACCUCCGUCAUCAACAUCGUCUUAGGGCACAACGUUUUGAAACUUAUGUGAAAAAUUCUAUUUCUCGCAGAGGAUCCAUUGUUUGGAAUAUUUUAGAACCUUCCGCUGUCUGCGCCAGGGACUACGCCACAAGGGCAAAAACGUCUCACGCCCUCAGAAGCUUGAACUUUAAUAAAGAGUCACCGCAAAUGGACCGUCCCCAAAUUGACAGGGAUUUCGCCUUUUAUUGACCAUAUUCAUAUCAUUUAUUGUACAUAUUCCACUUUUUAUUGAAUGCAUUCAGUUUUAUUAAUCUUAAUUUUUUAUUUGUAUUUUUAUUUUCAUUAUUUGAUUAACAUUUUUUACACGGUCUCAUAAGCCAUAUUAGCUUUAAAACCCACCGUGUUUAACUAAAAGAUGUUAUUGUCACUUCUAAACAGAUCCACCAGAGUUCAGUUCAAUCAGAAGAGAUGUAGUUGUUAUUGAAGGUGACCCAAGUGUCAUAUUGGAGUAUAUUGCGGAUAGUGUGCAAAGUUGUUUGUUUGUCUUUAAUUCUUUAACAGAUCCACCAGAAUUCAACAACGUAAGUAGUGAUGUAGUUGUUGUGGAAGGUGACCCCAGUAUUACUUUAGAGUGUAUCGCAGAUGGUGAACCAACACCAACCAUCACCUGGACCAAAGUAUAUGCUCAUGGCAGUGACAGUGUUGCACUGGGAACUGGGAAUCAGUUUGUCCUUGAAACCAACAGAAAUAACAGUGGAAAAUAUCGUUGUACAGCAUAUAAUGGAAUGGGAACUGCACCAAAUCGUACAGUGAAAGUAGAAGUUAAUUGUAAGUAUAUAACUGUAUAUUGUACCUGUGGCUGGUUUUUAUUUUUCAUAGAAUGUAGGAUUGAUUGUCAUAGUAGGUAAAAAUAAUGCAAAAUAAAACUCCAAAAUGGAAAAAAAGUGUAAAUCAACCACAAACAAAAAAUAUAAGUAAAUAUUAACUUUUGUAUGAGUGGUAUAGUCAUGUGGGCACUUUUAUUGAAAUACUUUGUGAUGAUGCGAGCAGGGCCUUAAAAAGCCAUACAGCUCAGCAUAGGCUUUUGUUAGAUUCAGGGAGAAUAAAUGAUUUUAAAAAAAGCUGCAAGUCAGAAUAAAAAAAAAAGAAAAGAAAAAAGAAAGGAAAGGAGAAGGAAUCAGUCGUCCAUGGCAUUGCACUAGACUGAAAAAUGUUUCGCUCUUGCGAAAUGAUGUACAACGUCACAUGCUCUGAUACUGAUGCAUGAUCAAAUAUUGUUGUUUUCCUCUCUUUAGAUAUACCAGAGAAUGUCAAGUUAAUGGUGAAUGACUCGGUUGUUUGUAAAGGUGAUGCUAUCAGUAUCACCUGCUCAGCAGAUGGUAAACCUGCAGUGCAUACUUAUCAACUAUUUGAGAAUGAAAGAUCAGUUAAUGAUGGAAACAGCUCAGCUGGGGUAUGGAUAAGAAAAGAUUUAAAAGGAGGAGAAUUUAGCUACAGAUGUGUGGCUAAUAACACUGUUGGUACAGCUAAGAAGACUGUAAAUGUUACAGUAAAAGGUACAGUGUUAGAAGGUAGUUUUUACCUGUUACAGCCAUCAGCCUACAUAUGGUAAAUGAAUACUGGUGUAGGGGAUGAUGCUUUAAUACCAUUUUUCCCGUAAUGUUGUGUAUUGCGUAUUCAACUUCAAGUAUGAACGACACAUGGGUAUUUUUGUUGGUGAGGUUGUUUUUGAUAUUGUGUAUUAGUUCCACAGGUUCUUGUAGUUUACAUUACAACGAAAAUAUAGUUUAACAUCAGUACAUGUAGGUGUCACAUGUAAGUAAAAAAAGCUCAACACCUGUCCACUUCAGGUGGAGAGCAAUCACUGCACUUUACAGUUUUGUCUUAUGAAGGCUUUUGUAUUCUUACUCUGUUGAAACAAUCCUGUUUCUUUAACUGUAAAUAGAUGACUAUCUAGACUCCAUCCUAUUCAGGGCUCUAAUUGAAAAAUGGUCGCCAUAAAAAAGGAAAAAAUUUGGUCACCCCAUUCACAUUCCAUAUUAUGCUACAUGAAAUUCUAGUGAGUCUAAUGAUACUGUACGUGUGCAACACUUUUAUUUGCCAAAUUGACAAGUAUGCUUGCUGGUCGAUUAAGGGAAAGAGAGUGAAGAAUCUCAGUGUAUCGCUCAGCUGAGAAACGUCUCUCAUUCGAAGUGAGCUGAAAUAUUCAUAUGUAAAAACUUCCAUGUUGAAAAUAACGUCUCGGAUCACUUAAAGUUCAUCACCAAACUUCCAAAUGCAAAGUUAAUGGUUAGACUUAAAUUAUGGAACUGUAGGAGAGGAAAAGAGAAUUGGACCAACAAUCAAGAAAUUUUGUUCAUGUUCUUCUUUUUCUUUAUCUGGUGGUUGCUACUUAUGAGUUCUUGCCGUUCAGUGAUCUGGUGCCGAAAUUACGGGGCGAGGACGAGGCUAAGUGUGAAGUCAACUGUGUAAAGAAUUAAGUGCAGUAGUGGUUAAAAUGAGAGAGAAAUGGGAGAUGAUAAGUCCAAGCAAUAAAAAUUUUUUUGGACUGGAAACUUGCCCUCACUUGUUUAUAAUUUCUCCUUGAACAGCCUUUUGUAUUCUUUGGCAGAAGGCUAUUUUCAUUGUUGCAGCUUUCUGGCAUAAAUCGAAAAGUUCUCCUUUUUUUCCCUUUGCUGUCAUUACUUAGCUGAGUGCCUCUCUCACACAAAUAAUUUUUCACUCUCCCACAAUGAAUUUCGACAAAUUUUCUCUCAUUUUCACCACCGCGGUACUUAAUUAUUAACACGGAUGAGAGCGACUUCACACUUAGCCUCGUUUUUGCGCGGUAAUUUUGGCUCUAGAUCACUGAACCGCGAGAACUCGGAAGUGCCCUAUUGGUGAUUUUUGUUGAAAUUUUAGUCCAAAAGAUACAUUUAUUUUCACUCACGAUAACUCGGACGCAGCUUAGUCCCUGUUUUAGUGGUUUUUCUUAAUUAUAUGCCAUUUCCUUUAUUUGCAUGCUAUAUUCCCAUAGCGCACAGCUUUCCCAAUCUCAGCGCUUGUACAGUACUUACUAGAAGUCACAUUUUUCUUAGCUAGUAUAUUUAGCUGGAAGCCAGUACUUACUGAAAACCCUGAUGAAUGAAAGAGAAAUUAAAACAUGUCUCAGUCCUGGGAAAAGUUACAUGUUAUCUCAAAAGUCAUAGGCAGAAAUUUUGAUAUUACAUUUAAUUUGAAUUAAUUUCUCUGUUAUUUACUGGAUCUAAUGAUGUACUAGUAAAAGUACUAACCGUGAAUCCAUAAAGAAUAACUUUCUACUUAUGAGACGAGCUAAAGCAGUACAAUCUCCUUAUUUCUUAUAGGAAUGCUUUCGGGUUAUGCAAAUGCAUUAAGAAAAAUGAAAAUUUGAUAAGUGUCUAGGUUCAUAAACACGUAGUAAUCUUUUGUUAUCUUUUUUUCUUCUCAGUGCCCUCUAUAGUUUAUCCAUUGGAGAACAUCACAGUGAUUGAGGGUGAAAACAGGACUUUCACCUGUUAUGUUUCUGGAAGUCCUGUGCUGACUGUAACAUGGACAGAAGUAAGCAGCCGUAGUCAGUCCAGUGGAGUCGUGCGUUAUCUUACAAACAUCAGCAGGAAUAAUGCUGGUGAAUACAAAUGUGAAGCUACAAAUGACUGUGGAAAUAGCUCUGCCAGCACUUUCCUCACUGUGCUCUGUAAGUGAUUAUUAUUAUUAUUAUUUAUUUAAUAAUCAUCAAGUAAAAAUAUGCAUUAAAGUCUAGAGUGUUCAUCUUGUGGCCCAUUUUCCACUCUUUGCUAAGUGUGAGUUGCUAGAUUCCCGAGCUGUGAGGUAUUCCUCUCACUUUUCUUAAGCUUGUUUUGAAAUUAAUAAAGAGUAAUAAAACACUUGGGAGGCUGCAUUGUUUUUCUACAUUGGAAAUUGAGUAGAAAAUAACACUAGAUAUAGAAUUUCUUUUGAAGUGUUUAACUUGAUAUAUCGCGGUCCAAAUGAGAAGAAAAAUUUUAAUAACCAUAAGAAGCCAUGCAGUAUUUUGUCUCUUAUCUUAACAUCUCAGUUUGGUUAGCAACCAUAAUUAAAAAAAUUCGAAGUACAACCUUGCAUUGAGAAUUGUGAAUGCUUUGUCAGUUAUUUAGUUACCUGAGAGAAUGGGGCGAAAGGGAAGUGAUGUAUUGGCAGCUGAUUGGCAAUAUCAAACACGUAAAAGUUAUUGUAAAUUUACACAGUCAUGUUCAGUUACAGCUUUCCCGAGGGCUCGAAAUGGUUGUAAAAAUCUGCAAUGUAUGUGAUAAAACAUUUUCCCCAACGAUUUUGAAGAACUCUGAGUGACACCUAAUUGUUUCUUUCUUCUAUCCUAGACAAACCAGAGAAUGUUCAGUUAAUGAGUUCUGCCAUGGACGACAAAGCAUGUACGGGAGAAAUCAUCAGCUUUAACUGCUCUGUUAACGCUAAUCCAGGAGUGACGUCAUACCAGCUCUUUGAGAACGAAACUGCCAUUUUAAACACAAGUGCCUCGGGGGUGUGGAGAAAGACUUUGGAAAGUGAAGGAGUGUUUGUCUACAAAUGCGUGACCAAUAACUCUAUAGGAUCAGAAUACAGCAUGAGUGUUACUGUCGCUGCGAAUGGUAAGCAAACUAACCCAAACUAGUAAAGGGGGUAAGUUUCUAAAGAAACUGUGGUGCUGCGUCGGUGGGAGAGUACAGCAGGUAAUUUAAUGUUAACAACUGAGCUGAAAACGUAGAAAGUUGAAAAAGGGUAAAAAAGCUGACGUUUCGAGCGUUAGCCCUUCGUUAGAGCAAUAGAUAUUAGAUAGAUAGAUAGAUGUUAACCCAAACUAGUGCUAGUUUAAACCUUCCCAUAAGCCAUACACACAUACAGCGCACGUUCAUGAGUGUACACACUCUCUGUUGUAGAAAAACAUGGACACCUAGGGAGGAUGAUUAAUGAAUGAUGAGACUACAUGUGAACUUAAACUUUAUGGGAAUGUUUACAAAGUUGCAUCCCAUUAUAAUAUUCAUAGUAGAUUGCUGUUUAUGAUAAGCCUUUUCUCUCAGGAAAGGGUUGUUGGCCUCAAACAUCUACCACAUGUAGCAUUGUAACCGCUGACCGUUAUGGUGAAUAAUCGUGUAUUAUCUUCGGCCUCCAUUUUUAUUUGGUUUUUUUUUUCUUUCUGGCGUCGUGACUCUACCUAACGAUAUUCAAUUUUCGCCAAGUUAUCAGUUAACGUCUCAGGGCGACUCGGAGGGUUGUUUCAACACCGAUAGCACAUGGCAAGGACGAAUUUUAACCAUAUCACGCUUCAUCGCUAUCCGGCUCUUUGGUUUCGCCACCUGCCGUAGGACAAAUUAUCUAGUUACUAGGCUGAGACACACAACCAAGGCUACUUUUCAAUUGGCCGUUUCAAUUAGAGAGACUGCAAAGAAGCGGCGACGUCAGUCCUAAUCCUCGACCUCGCAAAAGCAGAAACCUUCAGUAAACCGCACCGUGCGUUUCAAAACGCUAACUAACAAUCAUAGAGUCGCUCCAAGCAACAUCAAGUCAACUCAAGUCUUGCUCAGGUCUUUCCCUGUCACUCUCUGGCUCAAUUAGUCUUUGCCUUAGUUGUCAACUUUUGAAAGAGCUUCCUUUUUCUGAUGUUUUUGACGAUGUAGAGGUUAGAGUUGACGCUCCUGACAUUAGUAAUGUGAAGGAAUCUCCUGUUGCUCUAAGUGCGCAAGUCUCUGACCUCAGUGCGAUUUUAAAACGCUUUACCCUGCAAUUUAAGAAUCGCAUAUCUAAAUAUGAAUUUUGUGGCUAGCUUUAAAUGAUUCAAAGUGAAGUCAAUGAUACUCAAGGGUGUUUUUGAUGUUUUUAUACUUGCUGAGACAAAGAUAGAUGGAGCUUUCCCCAGUUCACAGUUCUGUAUCAAAGAGUACAAGAUGUUCUGUAAAGAUCGUAAUCGAUUUGGAGGAAGUCUCAUAGUUUAUAUUAGAAGAGGCCUAUUACACGAAGAAUUACUCAUUUGGAAGGCAAUUACAUCGAAUCUAUUGUUCUGCUAGUACAGCCCGGGAGGUCAUCAAAAUGGACACUGUUUCUGUACACUUAUGAGCCACCAAAUGUAACUAAAAAUCUGUGGGAACCGGAGUUUAACUCCAUGCUUUUAACGGUUUUAAGCGUUAUGACAACUUAGCAAUCGUACGUGAUUUAAAUUGUGAUAUAUCCCAUCCGAACAAGGGAUUUAGGGAGGGAAGAACCUUACGGGACUCAAUGAAUGAAUACAACUCGACCAACUUGAUCAGGGAGCCUACUAGAGUGACUGCAACGUCUAGUUCUCUUAUUGACGUGAUCCUGACAAAUAGACCUCGGUCUUUUUUAACGUUUAGCAUUUUCGAUUUGGGCUUAAGUGACUAUCACCUGGUAUAUGCUGUCAGCAGGUCACACUAUCCUAGGUCUUGUCCUAUAACCGUCGAAAGACGUUUUUUAAGAAUUACGAUCCCAAGCGAUUUCGCGAAGACUUGCAUUCGACUCCAUUUGACGUCGCAUUGAAGACAUUGAUGACAUCUACUGGGCUUGGAGUUAAUAGUUAUGUGAUAUUCUUAACGACCGCGCGUCAAUUAAACGUAAAACAGAAAAUGGUGAACACGUGCCAUUUAGGACACCUGAGUUACUUGAGGCAAUUAGGAAACGCAAUAAAUUAAAGCGCCUUUACAACGAGUUUAAGCGCCGGCUGGAUUGGGACAGAUACAAGACCUGGCGAAACCUCACAUCUUCAUUGAGACAUAAGGCUGUAUCCGACUAUUUUCGUACCACCGCCGUAAACGCCAAAUGUAAACCCAAAAAAUUUUGGCAAACGGUCAAGCCUUUCAUGCACUCAAAGAAAAACAUCAGCCGGGAUUCCAUUCAUCUUAAAGAGGGUGACAGUCUUAUUGUCAAUAAACUGGAAAUUGCACAAAUUUUCAGUGCACAUUUUUCAUCCUUUCCGAAGGACAUCGAUAGUCAUGGGCGUUAAAAUGAUAACUCCAGUCAUCCAAGUAUCUCGGCCAUACAGACACACUGCUCUGCGAGAGAAGCUUUUCAGUUUUGUUCUCUAAGUCCACUUGAAGUCGAAUUUAUACUUAGGUCGCUUGAUCGAAAAAGGCAAGAUACCGCUAAGAAUAUAGCGGGAUGGUGGUGAUGCUCUUGCCUAUCCGCUAUGUGUUCUUAUCAACAAGAUCAUUGACUCUGACUUUGUGCCUGCUGGUUGGAAGCUUGUUGAAAUCUGCCCCAUCUUCAAAAAGGACAAUCCUCGUAAUAAAUCUAACUACCGGCCAGCGUCGAUUCUAGUUACUCUGGAUAAAGUUUUUUAGAAGUGUCUUGCACGCCAACUCUCUGAUUAUUUUAGAUCGAUAUUGUCACCGUUCCUGUCUGCGUAUAGAAGGAAUUACAGCUUUGAGGGAGUACCUCUAAGUUUGAUUGAGGACUGGAGGAAUGCUCUCGAAAACAAAUGUUUUGUUGGCGCAGUCUCUGUGGAUCUAAGUAAAGCUUAUGAUAAGAUAUCGCGCGACCUCCUCCUUGCCAGGCUGGCUGCCUAUGGCGUUUUUCCACUUAGCCUGGCCCUCUUACACAGUUACCUUAGAGACACGUCCCAGCGCGUGAGGAUAGAAGAUAUUACUUCGGAGGUUGUUGUUUUCUCCAAGGGUGUAGCCUAGGGAUCGGUUUCAGGGCCCCUCCUUUUUAAUAUUUUUCUUAACUAUAUGUUCUAUUUUAUUAAUCGUGCUGAUUUGUCCAACUACGCCGAUGAUAACUAAGUUUUUUGUCAGCGAUCGCGAUCCUGAGGUGGUAAAGUCCGUAAUCGAUGGCGAUCUCGCUGUCGCGAGUCAUUGGUUUGAUGAUAAUAAGCUAGUGCUCGGCCCCGAGAAAUGUAAAUGUAUUAUUCUUCCGGAAAGCUCUCUUAGUGAUCUUUCCUUUAGUGUCAAUGAUGUGCAGGUAACAAUCGUAGACCAUUUACAUAUUUUAGGUGUAACUAUCGAUAACUCGCUAAAUUUGAGCAAACACGUUGCCAAGGUUAAUAAGAAAGUUGGAAAGCAGUCAGACGUUUAGACCAGACUAGAGAACAUGCCAUCAAUCUCCUCGAAAAUGUGCCUCUACAACUCUUACAUGAUGUCUUACUUCACUUACUGUUCUGCUAUUUGGCUCAACUGUAAAGGUUCUGAUAAUCAGAAGCUGGAAAGGCUUAAUGCGAGAGCUCUAAGUGUGUCUACAACAAACGGGUGCCCCUUUAUGGCAAUGAUGACUACGGUUUAACUUUGUCGAAUUGACGACUACCGGAAAUUGCUGUGCUGAUUUUUAAAGCUGUAAAUGGCAUGUUACCGGAAUAUAUAUGCGACUUGUUUAUCGUACGAAAUAAUGUGAAAAACUUAAGAGGCGCCAACAAGCUCCUCAUCCCACGUAAGAAUACUUCAAACUUUGGCUCAAAGUCUACAUCUCUAAUUGGUGCCAAAGUGUGGAAUUCCUUACCGGAUGAACUACGCUCAACGACAGUUCUAGGAAUUUAGGAAUUCUGUAAGAGAGCUACAUUUGCAAUGUAUAGUCUAACAAGAUCUACUCACUGUUUUAAUUUUUAAGAGUUAAGAUUGUUUACUUACUUAAAGUAAUUAGAAAGUUAGUCAUUUGUCAUUUUUUCAAUUUUGCGUUGGUUUAUUUUACUUUUCUCGGCAUAUUAGCAUGUACUGCUUGGGGCCUAAUCAGCCUCGUCAACCCGAGUUGAAAUAAAGUUACUUACUUACUAACUUACUCUACUUUACUUACUUACUUACUCUACUUAUCGUGGUUACUAUGGAAAUGUGCACGCAUAAUACUGUUGGGUCUCAUAAUUAAUCGCUAAUGUUUUUUAGGUUUCUACAAUUUAUCCAUCUGGUGGAUACUUGCAUGAUCUUAAUUACCUCGAUGUUUGCAGUUAACAAUUAAGUCGAAGGGAAUUACACGUACAUUGUAUGUUGGGAAUGAAAUGAUGCAGGUGUUGAAGUGUACAAGCUGUUCACUGGCUACUUUCAAAAUUCUUCUACAUUCUCACUUUUCUUUUGCAGUACCUUCUUCAAUCACCCAAAUAACACAAGAUCAGAAUAUAACUGAAGGUCACAAUGUGACCCUAUCAUGUCAAGUAUCUGGAGUUCCCGCACCAACAGUGUCUUGGAUUAAGCCCGGUGGUCAGCGUCACAAUGGACACAUGUUGGAGGUUACACACAUUAACAGGACUCAAGAUGGUAAAUACAAAUGUGAAGCCAGUAAUGAGUGUGGCAAUUCAACAAAAACGGCAACUAUUGAUGUACAGUGUAAGUACAUGAAAAAGAUAUCCUUUGUUACAUGCUGUUUCUAGUAUUUCUUUGUCACAGUAUAUCGAUUUGCUUCUCUGUAACGUUUUUGCCAGAGAGGCUUAUUUAUUCGUAGCUUUGGCAUCAGCCAGGUAAAGAGGGAGACUCCUUGGCUACUUUGUAAAAUGUAACUUACGAAGGCCAAUGAAAUUGUAUUUACAAAUUGUGUCUUUUGUCCCCAGACAAACCUGAGAAUGUUCAGUUAAUAAGUUCUACCAUGAACGACAAAGCAUGUACGGGAAAAGUCGUCGGCUUUAAUUGCUCAGCUAAUGCUAAUCCAGGAGUGACGUCAUACCAGCUGUUUGAGAACGUAACUGCCAUUUUAAACACAAGUGCCCCGGGGAUGUGGAGCAAGACUUUGGAGAGUGAAGGAGUGUUUGUCUACAAAUGUGUGGCCAAUAACUCUCUAGGAUCAGAAUGCAGCAUGAGUGUUACUGUCACCGUAAAUGGUAGGCAAACUAACCCAAUUUAGUGCUUGUUUAACCCGUUUCAUAAGCUAUACAAACAUACAUGCGCGUUCACGAGUGUACAUUUUCUCAGUUGUAGAAGAACAUUGACAUUUAAGGAGGAUGAUCCAUGAUUGAUGAGACUACAUGUAAAUUGCUUUAUGGGAAAUGUUUGCAAAGUUGCAUCCUAUCAUAAUAUUCACUGUAUAUUGCUGAUUAUGAUGAGCGUUUUAAUUUCUCACAAGAAAGCCUUGCUAGCUUUUAUCAUUUACCACUUGUAACUUAUUGUGGUUAUUAUGGAAAUGUGCAUGCAUAAUGCUGUUGGGUCUCAUCAUUCAUCGCUAACGUGUUUUAGGUGUCUACCAUUUAGCCAUCUAGUCUAUACGUAUAUGAUCUUAAUUAUCUUGAUGUUUGUUGUUGGUAAUUAAGUCGAAGGGAAUUACACGUACAUUGUAUGUUGGGAAUGAAAUGAUGCAGGUGUUAAAGUGUACAAGCUGGUCACUGACUACUUUUAACAUCCUUCCACAUUUUAACUUUUCUUUUACAGUACCUUCCUCAAUAACCCAAAUAACACAAGAUCAGAAUACAACUGAAGGUCACAAUGUGACUCUGUCAUGUCAAGUAUCUGGAGUCUCCGCACCAACAGUAUCUUGGAUUAAGCCCGGUGGUCAGCGUCACAAUGGACACAUGUUGGAGGUUACACACAUUAACAGGAGUCAAGCUGGUGAAUACAAAUGUGAAGCCAGUAAUGAGUGUGGCAAUGCAACAGAGACAGCAAAUAUUGAUGUGCAGUGUAAGUACAUGCAUAAAUUAUACUUUGUUAUAUGCUGUUUCUUGUAUUUCUUUGUCACAGUAUAUCGAUUUGCUUCUCUGUAACUUUUUUGCUGGAGAGGCUUGUUUAUUCGUAACUUCGGCAUCAGUCACGUAAAGAGGGAGACUCCUUGGCUACUUUGUAAAAUGUAACUUACGAAGGCCAAUGAAAUUGUAUUUAUAAAUUGUGUCUUUUGUCCCCAGACAAACCUGAGAAUGUUCAGUUAAUAAGUUCUACCAUGAACGACAAAGCAUGUACGGGAAAAGUCGUCGGCUUUAAUUGCUCAGCUAAUGCUAAUCCAGGAGUGACGUCAUACCAGCUAUUUGAGAACGAAACUGCCAUUUUAAACACAAGUGCCUCGGGGAUGUGGUGGAAGAUUUUGGAAAGUGAAGGGAUUUUUGUUUACAAAUGCGUGGCCAAUACCUCUCUAGGAGUGGAAUACAGCAUGGGUCUUACUGUUACCGUGAAUGGUAAGCAAAAAAGUCCAAAUUAUGUUUGUUUGAGAACAAUUUGAAAAACUGCGCACAUAAAAACAGUAUUUACAUGAGUGUACAAACACUCGAUUAUAAAAAAACUUUGACAAUUGAAAAGCAGUAUCCAUGAGUUAUGAGACUCAACGGCCUUAUUAGAAAUUUUGGCUCAGUGGCAUCCCAUAAUUCAUUGCAAAACUGUUGAUGAUCAUUCGUGUCUUUCAUGAAAAGGUGGCGGCUUCUAUCAUUUGCCACAUGCAGCUAUGUAAAUAAGGUUAUCAUGUACAUUUUAUCUAUAACGCCGCUGUGUCUCAUCGCUCGUUGGUAACAUCUUUUUGGGUGUCAACGUUUUUGCAAUCGAGUGUAUAUAUGCAUAAUCUUAUGUUCUUAUUUGUAAAAGGCAAUCGAGUUGAGGAGGGCUAAAAGCACAUUUAUAUUAGGGAAGCUAUGAUCUAUGUGCUUAAGGCUGCGAGCCAGUGGCCGGCUGUUACUUACAUCCGUACUCAUUUUCAAAUUUUGCAGUUUCUUCUUCUAUUAUUCAAAUAACACAAGAUCAGAAUGUAACUGAAGGUCACGAUGUAACUCUUAUGUGUAAUGUAUCUGGAAUUCCUCCACCAAUGGUGUCUUGGGUAACACCUGAUAGUCAACGUGUUAGUGGAUACAAGUUGAAGGUUACAAACAUUAACAGGACUCAAGCUGGUGAAUACAAAUGUGAAGCCAGUAAUGAAUGUGGCAAUGCGACAGAGACAGCAAACAUUACUGUGCUGCGUAAGUUUGAAGGUUCCUUUUCAUUAAAAGCUACGUUGAUCUGCAUGUUUCGUAACUCCAUACUCUGACGAUGGCUAUUAUUACAUGUUUAAUGUACAUAUGCAGAUUUUGUAUGAAUUGGGAUUAAGGUAUCGGUAAUUUUACACAGAUUAAGUCAUGUAAUUUGUAAUACAGUCAGACCUAUCUUAUGUAAACACCAAAGGAUCAUCUUAAAGUAAUCUCUUCAUCUUACGACUUUUAUCAUAUUAUAGUUAGUCUUGUUCUGCUACUUUAUAAAAUUAUCCCUUAAUUUUUGUUUUAUUUUUACACUGAUUUAUGUAAAUUUAAUUACCGACUCAAUGUUUUAAAUCAUACAGAGCUGAAAAGUAUGUUGUUCUAUUCAUUACUUUGUUGGCGCCCAUACAAAUUUAGAUAUAAAUAAUAAAAAAAGGACUGCAGUGAGCUUUCUACAACCUACAAUAUUUGACAAAAUUUGUGUGUAACUCUUGUAGACAGACCAGAGAAUGUGCAAUUGACAACAUCUGUCAUGGAUAACAAAGCAUGUAAGGGCGAUAUGAUCGGUUUUAACUGCUCAGCUGAUGCUAGUCCAUCAGUGACGUCAUACCAGCUGUUUGAGAAUGACACUGCUAUCUUGGACACAAACCCUUCAGGAAUGUGGACAAGGAACGUGUCAAAUAGAGGAGUGUUCACGUAUAGAUGUAUGGCCAACAACUCUUUAGGAUCAGAAGUCAGUUCAUUUGUUAUGGUCACAGUGAAUGGUAAGCUCUUAACUUUGCAGAUUAGUUAAGUUGUGAGUCUUUUUUCUCUGCACAGAUUUAUUACUUUACAUCAUGCUGUUAGCUGCGCUGCAUAUUAGAACAAACUCGCUCGUUUGUAUACUGAGGACUCUUAAAGAGUCAAGCGAGGAGUGGGAAUUUUAAAGAUGUGAUAAGGAGCGGAAAGCGUUUGAACAUGAUCUGUUUUCUUGUCAAACGAGUUUGAUAGAAAAAAGUUAACUUUGCAAUAUACUGACGCUGUGAAGCUGUUCUCUUACAUACGCUUACUCAUGUACACAAUCGGGUUAGCCGUUGUACAUAGUGGAAUAAAUUAGUUUAUGUGAGUGUGUACUGAAAACAUACACAGUGUAAAGUGAGGAGUGGGCUUUUAGAGAUAUGGAUAAGCGCGUUUGGGAAUUGCCUUAGUCCUUGUCAAAUGAUCCUGAUUAAAAGGAAAAAAAGUAUGUGAUGUCAAAUCCUUUCCUUUGUUAGUAGUGCGUAUUUCCGUACAUUUAGCUCCACCAUGGCUACCCGAGUCACCUAAUCAAAUAAAUGGGACAUCCUGAAAAAGCUAUCAAACCAAUUAAAUUGUUUUCAUUCACGAUAAUUGCUUUGGACCAAAGAAUGCAAAAAUGACGGAUGCCUCAGAUACAAUCAUUCAAUUGAGCAAUCUAAAAAAACAAUGAUACCAAUUAAGUUGUUUUUCAUUCCCAAUGAGUGCUUUGGACCAAAAGAGACAAAAUUUAUGAAACCUCAUGGAUACAAUCAUUCAACCAGAUUGUUACAAGUGACCUCAGCAACGGCGACUAUACAUGUAUUUUAAGAUCUCGGUGUAAAUUUGUUCGAUAAAUGUAAAGUUUAAUGAAUGAAAUGCUCACACAAAUAUUUAUUUACUGACUAAAGGUUUGGGUACAGUAUUUAAUUUUGUAUUUUUCCUCAGUGCCUUCAAAUAUAGAAUCAAUUCGAGAUCAGAAUGUAACCGAAGGUGACAAUUUAAGUUUGACAUGUACUGCAUCUGGAAUGCCUCAACCAAAGGUGUCUUGGAUUAAGCUUGGUGGUCAGCGUCAUUAUGGACAUAUGUUGGAGGUUACACACAUUAACAGGACUGAAGCUGGGAAAUACAAAUGUGAAGCCAGCAAUGAGUGUGGCAAUGCAACAGAGAUGGCAACUAUUGAUGUGCAGUGUAAGUAAUUACCUAUAGAUUGAAUUUACAAAUGGUGAAUGCUUGUGGGUAUUAAAGUUUUGAAACUAAAUUAGUCACUAAGAGGUUUUCUUAUGAGGCCACCUGUUCAUUACUUUUCCUUGACGCGUGUACAAAGAUGUAAAGAAAAGUUGAUGAUGAACAUUCAUAGUUUUAUGAGUCCAACAUGUGUCAAGUUGGGAUUAAUGGAAUUUUACAUUAAUAUGAUAUAUUAAAGUUAACAUGGCAGCCAGGUGUUUGAUGCUACUCUGGUUUGAAGAUAUAAUGAAUUUAACUGAGAAGUUACAAUUCAUAGACCUCACGUUUUGACACUCGUGUUUAAUGUCUUCAUCAGGGGUGAUCUAAUCGCUGCAGCAAGAGUUCCGUUUACAUGCUCACUAAGGAGCUUCCCUUUCUUUUGACGAGGUGUAAAUAGGCGUCAGUUAGUAAGCCGCCUUCAUCACAAUUUAAAGGAGCGUGGGUAGAAUUGAUGUCAGUUGAUCACGAGUAUAUCGGACUGACCAAACGUCAGUUAGGUACACGUAUGAAAGAGCAUCAAAAACUGGUCUUUUUUUGCAAAAAAAAAAAAAAUUCAGCUUUGUCGGAGCACACAUGCCUAACCAACCAUAAAAUUGGGUUGGAUAAGUCAAAAAUUAUCACCACCAGUCGACGUUACCACCAGCGCCAUUGUUUGGAAGCCUGGCAUAUCAAGUCAGCCCACGCUCCUUCAAAUCGUUGUACAUGUAACUUCUCCGUUACACUCAUUAAAUCUUUAAGCCAGAGUAGCAUCAAACCAUGUUAAUUUCAUGAUUGUAAUCUUUUUGUAACUCUCGUAGACCAACCAGAGAAUGUGCUAUUUACAACUUCUGUGAUCGACUACAAAGCAUGUCAGGGUGAUACUAUCACCUUUAACUGCUCAGCCGAUGCUAAGCCAGCAGUAACGUCAUACCACCUGUUUAAGAAUGACACCGCUAUAGACGUCAGCCUUUCAGGGAUGUGGAGCGAAACAUUGGCAAGUGAAGGAGUGUUUUUCUACAAAUGUGUGGCUAAGAACAGUUUGGGAAUAGCAGCUAGUACGGAUGUUAGUGUUACUCUUAAUGGUAAGCCUUGCUCUUCGUAUUAAACUAUGUCAAUGCUCUAGAUUUAAAAACACUUGCUGUGAAUUUUAUGGCAGUAAUCUGUUCUUUAAGAAAUGUUUCAUGUGUUUUCCGGACCUUUUAGAUAAUUUCCAUCCCAUUUUCAUACUAACUGUACCACUUUUGUAGCUGUAAAAAAAUAAAAAAUCAUUACCUUUUGUCUCAUGAUACACUCACUUUCGAUAUUUUGAAUGCACCCUGCCGGUCUUCUUUUCAAAAUACGCCCUGCCAGUCUUCUGUGAGGAAUGCAGUUGCCUGGGUACAAAGUUAUUCACCUUAUCAAGUGUCAAGUUUUCAACAGUAGUUAUAAUAUCAGCCAAGCUCAGAUCCGGUAUCACCUUGUUACUUGCACUUAUUUUAAUACAUUCUAGUUUAGCUACGUCACCUAGAGUCCUUUGAUCAAAUUUUGCUCAUCAAAAAGAAUGAUUUUCAUCCAUUUUUUGCGCCAUUUAGUGUGUGGGACCAAAGCAUGCUAAAAUAAUAAUAUUUCUUGUUCUCGGUCCAUGAAGAACGUGAACGUGAAGUAUUUGGUUACAGUUAAACUGAACGAUGGAGCUUUCAUUCAUUUAAUAUCGGAAUUUUCUCAAACGAUUUGUUCGUAGUGAAAGAGCGAGCGAAGUUUUAACUUAAGUUCUACAACAAAUAUACACUCUCGGUGAGUCUUCCCAAUUCCGUUCAAUUUAGACAUUUGUACUGUAAAUUGCACAACAGAAACUAAAGGAAUUUAAUGGGCGAAGGCCGCAUUGAAUCCCCGUGUGUUUCGUUGGAGUGUGCCAUUCGAAUUUAUUUUUUGUGGAGGAAAGACCAGAUUUACACACGCCAUUACAGCAAACCAACGAACAAACUCUCACAACUUUAAAAUAAAAAAUUUGAAUUUACUCACAAUUACUUUCCUCGCCGUUUACUUAAUGAACAGAGGUAAAUGUUCGUACAUGAAUGAAUCGUCGAUGAGAGUGAAUAAUACUUUCCGUUAGAUCAUUGCCAAACUAGUUCCGUUGUUUUUCAAAUUUUCUUUCGCUUUUUUUUUCUUACGCGCUCCCUAGUUGACAGGUGUCAGAUUGCGACAGAUACUUGUAAAAAUAAUGUUUUAAAUUUUGUUUGGAGGCCUUUUAAAUCACCUUCGUCGUUACGGAAAUAAAAAUUUUUCGGUGAGGCAUCUCUCUUUAAUUUGCAUCACCUCUAUUUUAACUACCAUUUACUCGUUCAAAAAUUGUUCAGUUUAUGAAAGAUCUUGCCGUAUUUACAGCCCUAAAUCAUUCGGGUUCUUUCGGAAAGAAUUUCGUCAAGUUUAAAAAAAAAUAUAUAUUUACCGGCUAAGGGUCGGUCCGUAUGGUGAAAAACUGUGACCUCGGUCUUGAAAUGCUGCCCUCAGCCUACGGCUACGGGCAGUAUUUUCAAGACGUCGGUCACAGUUUUUCACCAUACGGACCUCUUAGCCGGCAAAUAACAUAUAUGUAGCCUACGUAGUUGAUGACUGCAUUUAUAAACCCAUUUGCUAGAUUUACUGAAUUCUUAAAUGAAGUUAUAGCGAGAAGAGACAGUUACAAUUUAGAUCAUGACGUAAAUUUUGUGCAGCUUGAGAUAAGAUCAGGACUUAUCCGAUCUGUGUUUGACUGUGGUUGAACACUACACCCUUAGAAAUACACUGUAUAUAAUUCCUUUUUUUUUUUUUUUCAUAUCUUAGUGCCUUCAUCCAUACCUGCAAUUCAAGACCAGAAUGCAACUGAAGGUGACAAUGUGACCCUGUGGUGUCGUGUAUCUGGAAUGCCUCCGUCAGUGGUGUCUUGGGUGACACCUAAUGGCCAGCGUCACAAUGGUAAAGUGUUGGAGGUUACAAGCAUUAACAGAAGUCAAGCUGGUGAAUACAGAUGUGAAGCCAGAAAUGAGUGUGGUAACGCAGAAAAGACCGCAAGCAUCCAUGUCCAGUUCAAGUUGCCCGGUACACGUAACCUUACAGUAUAUACUGUACCUUUACAGUUAUGGGUUCAUAGUUUCAUACCAUGUUAAUGAAUCUGUAUUGGAAAUCAUCCUUUUCGCCAUGUUCUUCAUGAUUGGCAAUUUUUCUUCCUCGUGAUAACUCUUCAUUAUGUGAUAGCACCUUAAUUUGUUAUUGGUAUGCUUUGGCGCGCUUUUACUGGUCAUUUCAAUACUCAUUAUUAUUCUGACUGUUAGAUGUUAUUCCCUCAUAGGUCGGCUUUGCAACUGAUCGGCUUUUAUGCUUUUUGAUCGUACGCAUCCAUGCCAUCCAAUCAGGAAUUUCGAUUUCGUCAUCUCCAUUGAUGCUAUUAGAAUGAAGUCUUAUGUGGAUGGCUUCUUUAAUCCUACGUGUGUAACAGUGAGAAUCAUGAUCAAUAAAACCUAACCUGGUCCCAAACAGGAACAGGUCCUGCUUCAACGGCGUGUUCUAAAAAGCCGCCCAAUUCUUAGAGCAAGCAAGCUGUAUAUCUCUUGCAUGCUAUUUAAUUCUCUCUCUACCUGUUUCUCCUAUGUAUUCUUUGCCCCAUUUACGGGUGAUUUUGUAAAGAACGCCCUCCUGUUGCACGCUAAAUUUCAAUCUUCUCGCCUGAGUAGCAGUAAAACAGUCGAAGCGUCGCGAUCAAUACACGAUUGAUUAGCCUGACACAUGUCGUGAGACCAACGAUCAAACCUUUAAAUCUAUAAAGCCACGAUGAAAAACAACAUUUGCUAUGAUAAAAUAAUGCUCAGCGCAGUGACAAGAAUUCCUUCUCCUGACCUCGAUUUCCCGACGGUGAUAUGAUAUCGCGGAAGUAAAUCUUUUAAAAGUACUGUUGGAAAUGUUAUCUGCAAUUUCAAUUCUAAGUGACAAGUAAAACAUGCAAUACAGCUUUUAGUGCUAGGAUCAUGAACUUUGAAACACUUCUGACAAAAAUUGAAAUAAAAGGAUUGUCAAAUACAAAAUGUAUGAAAAGUUCUAGGAGUAAGGUUUUUGCAUCUCUCGCCUAAAACAUCAUUGGAAUUUCAUUUAUUCAAUAAUGUCUUAUGACUUUUCUGCGUGUAGGAAACCCUUGUCUUGUGAAAUGUACCAAUGGACGAACGUGCAGAGAAUUUGGAAAACACUUAUGCCUGUGUCCAAAAGGUAGAAAAGGAAGAGAUUGCAAAGAAAAUGGUAAGUUGAGCCGAGGUAGACAUAUAUUUUGGACCCAUUGGUUGACAAGACGUUAGUGAUUUAAGACUUGAGGAGGAGGAGAACCAUGUAAAUGCCCCACAAAAAUCCAGGAGCUUAAGCUCGCUAGUUACUUAUUGUUACCCGAUAGGUCAGAAUUUUACUGGAAUAUGAAAUACCAGAAACCCAAUUACCAGUGUGGUAUGAAGGAGCCACUUUUUCUUUGUUAUAAUUUCACUGCAUUAUUUUAUAGUAGGUAAUGAAUAUUGAUAUGUCACAAGCCACAUCUUUAGGCUAAUUAAGUCUACACUUCUGUUUCAUUUGCUACAAAAGAUGCAGUGGCAAUUGUUAUCAUGAUCAGCCUUAAAAUAAGCAAUAUAAAGUGGAUAGAAGAACUUACAGACUUGUCUGACUCAUAUACACAACUGUUUGUUGGAACAAUUAAAAGUUCGGUAAGUCAUUGGUGUUAUAAUUUUAAGAAGGUGCUUUCUACUUAAUCAAAUAAAAAGUCAAUAAGAAAUCAAGUAUUUUCUAUCUUUUUUUCUUUUUCUUUUUAAAUCACGCAAACAGAAGGAACAGAAGGAAGAAAGUUAUCCUAGUCCUUUUUUGCUCUGUAUAGAAAAGCUUUCGUUAACCCAAUUGAUCUUAAUAUUACCAGGGAAAUAAAACCCCUUUUUUUCUUUUUAAGGACAUGUAUAGACCACAGUAGCAUAAAGUGAAGAGUCUCUUACUUAGAGAAUGAAAAAAUUUUCCCCUUACUAAAUUGUAAUUUACAAGUCAAAACAUCCUUGUGCACUUUUGUACGCUAAGAAGCUUAUCUCCACUGUUAGGUGUGAUAGAUCCUCAUCCUUUCUCUAUCAUACUGACUUAUGAUUUGAAUGUCGUUGCUUUUUAGGUCGAUGGAGAAUUCAAAGGUUCCGGUGUCAGAGAAAUUAAUGUAACGCACCUGAGGUAUCAUCAUUCAUCGAUAACAAAAUACACUAACUGUACUCUGAUUUCAAAAUUCUUUAUGAUUCUGUUUGAGAUAAUCCUUAGUAGGAUUAGAAGUAUCUCAACCAGAAACAUUAAGAAUGUUUUAAAAAGCAUUAAAUUUGAAAAUGCUUGGAUUUACUUUUCUCAUCUUUUUAUAGAGAGGGAAGUGUUAUCGCAGACAUAUCGCUUACAUUUGACGAGCCUGUUGGAGAAAGUGAAGUAGAAUCAUUGCUUCUAGAUGUAAUUAACAAUGGAAGCCUUGGUACCCUAAAAGUAGAUACUUUUUCCGUAGGAUCAACUAUCCCAGGUGUGUAUAAAAAUUUCUACGAUGGUAAUUUCGAGUGCACCUAAUGAAGAUUGGGUCUGUAACCUGCGAAUCUGUACUACAGAUACAUUACCACUGCGGUGGUAACUACUGGAAGCUACGCUUUUGAAUUUAAGCUCGUGUGACAAACAACUUUGUGAUGUUCUUGAAAAGUGGGUGUGCACCGUAAAGCAUUAUCUGAUUACAAGGCCAAAGCAAACUUCAGCGACAUUUUAAGAGUACUUAACUGUUAUAGAUUGCAGAUACAUGUGCAUAGCUGUGUUUAAAUCAGUUUCACUUUAAGUAAUUCAAGUAAUAUAACUUAACAGCUAAGUAAGCAUUGCUUCUCUGAAAUGUAUGUCAUUGAUUUAAGAUUCAGUAACUGUUCCUGGUCCAGUUCCUUCUGAACCAGCAAAGGUGAAUAAGGAUGUUAUUUAUGGCUCAGUUAUUGGGGUCCUCGCGUUGAUUCUCACUAUUAUUAUCAUUUUCAUUGCCUGGAAAAGGCGACAACGUAAGUUGAGUUAAUUACUAUAUCCGCAGUUGGUAAAUGCCCUGCAUGAGGGGACGCAAGCGGCCUCAACUGUAAGUACUUUUUAGAAAUGCUAGGAUAUUAUCCUAGCAUUCUUAACAUUCCGAGCUGCGCGGGAGUGUCAAAAUCCGUGCGUAUGUCAGAAAUGUCACUAGACCUAAAGUACACCAGAUGAGGGCGAAUAAAUAUGAGAAGAUAAAUGAAUUAAUACCUGAUAUCAAAAUGUCAUCAGCUAAUGCUUUUGUUUCACAUGCAAUCAAUAGUGCCUUUAUUCCUCGGCCGGUUCCUUUGCGUUACAUUGUAGACUAUAAAGAGAAAUAUAUCCAGACGAUUUAUUCGCCCUCAUCUGGCGUACUUUAGGUCUAGAGGUCUAGUGACAUUUCUGUGACGUACGCACGGAAUUUGACACUCUCGCGCAGCUCGGAAUGCUAGGAUAAUAUCCUAGCAUUUCUUAAAAGUACUUACAGUUGAGGCCGCUUGCGUCCCCUCAUGUCGAGAUGCUAGUAACCGAGAUUUAAGAUUUUGUGGACGAUUGACAAAGAGAGAUUCAGAUGAAGAAUAGAAUGGAAACUGAGAAAGAGAAAGGAAAGGAAAAACAGCGAUUAGUUGGACAAGUUGCAGCAUAGUAUAAUCAUCUCGCAAAGUCUUUCAAUUCAUGACACCAACCAGCAGCGUUACGCUUACUUUCGUUCAACAUAUUAUAUUACUAUAACUGAAUGGAAAUACUCACAAGCGAAGAGGCUGGAAAUACGUGAAGCAUAAUUGAUGAGGACUUCUUGAAUUUUAAAAUAAUAAAUGCAACUGUUUUCUCUUUACCUGAUAUUAUUUCUUUUUCCUACUUUCCACACUUAGGUGAGAAAGAUGAUCGGUAAGAUGUCAUUAAUAUUAAAAGUUAAUGAAGCAUCCGUAGAUCCGAUUGGUAGAAAGCAGGCUUUGGUCGUAUUUAUAGCUGUGUGAAGUUUCUGUCGUUAGGAGAAGUUUGUUUGGUGCCAUAUAGUUAAAUAAAAACGCAGCAGCGAGAGAAAAAAAACUGAGUGAAGCAGAUUUGAUGUUGUUACGUUGCAUGAGAAACCAACAUGUGUCAGUUGGUAUGUUACAAAACAAAAAAAACAAAAAAAAACAAAGAAAUAUUUUGUUUGUGAGGUUUUGUCAUUUUCCUAGAAACUACUUUUAUAGUGUUUUAUUUUUCUUUUAGACUUCAUACAGGCAUUAAAGAGUCACGUGAGCCUUACGUUGUAAGUAUGGAGUGCACUUUGUUCGAAUAACCUACUCUGCGAUGAUCAGCAAAUAUCUGUUUGGCCACUAAAUGCUUGAAGAUAAAGCAGAGCACGCAUACCUACAAUUUUUUCUAGGCCCUAGGGACCUCAAUAUCGUGAGGCAGUUCAAUAAAAAUGGCGACACAUAAGAAGUAACAAAAGGAAGAUGAAUUUAUAGCAGUCUAUCAUAUACCACACAUAUUAAAUUUGGACUUAAAGUAUUAUUAAAGUGCGCUUUGCCAACCUUUUACCACUAUUCUAAGAAAUUGCUGUUGUAUUUGCGAGUCAAAUCUUCUUAGUACUCAUUUGCAAGUGCUCACGGAAAGGAGGUUAAGUCUAGUGGAUGAUAUCAUAGUAUUUAAGAAUUCUCCAAAAUUUUAUCCGAUUGUCAUAACAGAGAUUACGGUUGCGUAUGACUUUUCUUAUUUUGGUCGUAAAACGAGUGAAUUUAAAUGAAAAUACCUACAAUACCAUGGACUAGAUAAUGCUCUCAUGAAAUUUCGCAUUAGACUUCCUCAAGAAUUACGAUUUACCUCUUCCUUGCUCGUUACCAAUCCGUAUGGGAACAAAACAGAUAAGACUAAGAGUAAAUUUUUUUUCGCUGAAAAAUAGAACGAGGGAUUUGAACUGGAAAGUAGAAGUGGGAACCUGAGCACCGUGGUGCAUCAUGGUCCCGGACAUUACAUGGACCUGAAUGAAGUUAGAUCACUGAAUGAACCUGCCACGGGCCCAGCGCGAAGUUAUCUAGAAAUAAACGAAUAUGCUCCCCUGCAUCCAGGAACGCGCUCAUGGGAAGUGGAAAGAGAAAAUGUAACGAUUGAAAAGGUUAUUGGAAAAGGUGCCUUUGGUCAAGUCGCUCAGGGAAAAGCUUCAAACCUUCGAGGAAGAGAGGAGACAAUUACAGUUGCUAUAAAAAUGCUGAAAGGUACUCUAUUCAUUGUCCUAAAAGCGUUUUUGUCAGGAUAAGGCUUAACUGUUACUGUACAGUCCUCCUUUGCUUUAGGUAACGCCACAGACACAGAGAGAAAAGAUUUGCUGUCAGAGCUUGAAGUCAUGAAGAAACUCAAGCCUCACCCUCACGUCAUCAGGCUGCUGGGAUGCGUCACUGAAUCAGGUACAUAAAAUAAAAUUUAUGAAACUACUUAGUUUAUUUCUGCUUGUAUCACUCCGACAACUAAAGUAAUUAUUAUGUACUUCGACAAAUAAUUAAAAGUAAUAAUUCUAAUUAAAUACCCGAACUUUAACUGAAUUCAUAUUUCUUUCUCUCUCGCUACACGUAAUCUCGUCAUUGCUGAUCCUAACAGCAUUAACAAAAGACGUUUGUUACAUAUGUACCCGGUAAAAGAUUAUUAUUAUCUUUUUACCGCUGGGAGCUCCCUUUAAUUCCUAUAACUUAAUUUUAUGUAUCCGGUUUACCGCAGAUCAUGGUUUGAAAUUUGAUUACCCUCGACACAAUUGCAAAUUAUUUCCGGUUUUCCAUCGCUGUAAUCACCACUGUUAAGUGAGAAUGUAGACGAGUGUUCUGUUUCUUGAAAAAAACAUCUUUUUAGAUCCUUUGCUUGUACUUAUCGAGUAUGUCCCGUAUGGAGAUCUCCUGGGCUAUUUGAGAAAGAGCCGACAAUUAGAAGAUAACUACUUCAAGGACCCGGAUAUUAAGCCACAGACGAGUUUGACUUCCCAGCAACUGAUGAAGUUUUCCUGGCAAGUGGCUGAUGGUAUGCAUUAUUUGUCCUCAAAAAAUGUAAGUUGGUUUUAGUAUAAAAAUAAGUUUACUGUCUCGGCGGCAAUAGAUGCAAGGGAUACCUUUUUCAUUUCAAUUCUCAUCAACAUUUUCAUGUGCAUGAAGUAAACUUGGAUGCAAAUGAACUUUUAUCAAUACUUUGGGGAAUCUUUUCUAUGUGGUUUAGUUACGGCGAUAAUAGAGCUUUUUGUUUGAAAUGAUCAAAAGCGUCUAUUGCAUCAGUCACUUUUGUCUCGUUGCAAACAAGAAAGUUUUAUCUUUAAACGCUAUUCACUAGAGCAAACUGAGUUACUGUUUGUAAACAGAAAGAUUUGCAAGAAAGCUCUCCAGUUUUUAAGAAAGCGUUUUCUGUUUAAUUUUUCAAGGUUGAUGAUAUUUACACAUUGAAAGAUUCUAUAUAAGUUUGAUAAAAUAAUAAAAUUUUAAGUUUAUUUUUCCAAAACAAAGUGUUUUUUUGUGGACGCAAGUCGGAGAGUAUUAAGUCUUGCAUCUCAAAACGGCCCCUGUCCUCUAGGGCUCGAAAUCAAUGAUCAGACGAGGAUGGACAUGAUAUUCCGUGGACGCUUUUUGAUGAUUCAUUAAUGCCUUGUAUAAUAUUCGACAGAUUAUUCACCGCGACCUUGCAGCCCGGAACGUCUUGGUUGGAGAGCGAGAACGAUGUAAGGUAACCGAUUUUGGAAUGGCGAGAGACGUAUGCCAGGAAAACAUCUACGAAAGGAAAUCAAAGGUUUCUGGUUUCAAUACCUCGAUAUGUCACGUGUUUGGCUAAUAUCGUUAUCUAUCAGUAUUGAUAUAUGCUAUCUCAACCUCUUGUCACUUUGUUUCCCAAUAAUUUUUCGCAGUACAUCAUCGCCAGAAAGUCUGCGGGUAUUAAAAAAAUGAAGAAUCAUUGCUCUUUCUCGUCAACAUUUCCUUUCAACAUGUUUUAAUAGGGAAGACUGCCGGUGAAAUGGACAGCUUGUGAAGCGCUGUUAUACGGACGAUAUACGACGAAAAGUGAUGUGUAAGUGUAUCUGAUAAGCUGAUAAAAAGUUUUGAAGAAUGAAAAGAAAUAUUUCAAAUCUAAACAUCAUUGGCCUAUAAUAUAAUUAUACCUGUAUUUGUUAACUUAUAAUGAAGCCUGGUGACAUUUUCUUUACUUAGAUGGAGUUUUGGAAUUGUGCUUUACGAAAUAUUCACCAUAGGUAUGUCAGACAAUCGUGUUUUAGUGUAUUUUAGAUGGAUAGCGCACUUUUUGAUCGAUCCGCUGUCUCCGUGUUUAACCUCUCGUUUUAGGUGGCUCUCCUUAUCCAAGGAUUCAGGGACGAAAAAUGGCAGAUUUACUUACUCAGGGUUACAGGAUGCCUAAGCCACGGCACGUGGAGGAUACCCUGUAAGGCCAUAGGUGCAUUCAUUUAUUUAACUGUUCAUGAAAUUAAUAUGUAAAGUUUCGAAUUUUUUUUCAUUACCUCUAUAACUCUUUAGCUAUGAGAAUGGUUACAGAACUAAAAAAAAAAAUCAAAUACCAAUGUAUUGAUCACUACUUUCUUCUACUUCUUAAGCAUAGGGGUUCCAACUUUCGUGCUUAGGUAACUGUGUAGAAUAUGUUGUGAGGAGCCUUUCAGUAAAAUUCGUACCAUGAAAACCCAAGUUUUUUAAAAUUUUAUCUAGUUACAAGAUAAUGCAAGACUGCUGGCAAGAGAAUCCAGAUGAUCGCCCAAUGUUUGAGAAUCUAAGGAACGAUUUGAAGGAAAUGGAAAAUCAACAUCAGGUGAAAUAUUUUGUAAUAAAUUUAAGCAAGGCUUAGUCACUUUUUGAUUUAGAAGUCGUCUAAUCGACUAUCACUUUAUUUUUCCUUGCAGAAGCUCAUCAACAUGCAACAUUAUGAUAACAUCCUUUACGCAAGCAUGGAUUAGCCUCAAGAAUUGUGAACACUCUUAUUACCAUAGGCGGAAACAGUUUCUUCUACACACUCUUUGAAAAUAUACAUUUUAAAACUUGAUGUUCCUGUUACUAUGCAGCUAACAACCAAGGGAAGUACCCAGCCCAUCAAGCAAAGUAAAAGUCGAAGUAAAGCAAGUCGAAGUAAAGCAAGCAGUUGUUGCUAACAUGUAGUUAAAUUGGUGACCAUUUACCUUUUACAUCGAUAUACAUUCAAUGGUUAUUACAAUGAUUUAAUUUGGAUAACUGCGAACUUUAAGCAGUAUUCAGCCUAUUUUAAGGAAAUUUAUGCUAAAAAAUAAAGUUUUGUUUAAAUUCUACAUAUCUAUUGCUGAGAAACUUUAGCCGAGGAAGCACUGGACAAAUUGUUGUCGUUGUUGCAUUUACAGUGAGCUAAUGAACACUCAAAGUGUGGAAUGAGCAUGCAUUUCGAUGUAUAUUAAACCCCGAAUAGUUAAAACGCGUCCUUAAAUAAAAACUGUAACCAUAAGCGAGCAGCGUGCAUUUUCUAGUAGAAUAAAUUUGUUUGGUUGCUCUUCCUGUACCAUGUCGAGAGCUUCGUAAUGUGGAAGCUGGGUCCUGAAUGAAUUUCCACGAUAUGCGAUAUCCGUAAUGCCAGAUAUCGUGGUUUCACGAUUGCCAGGGACGUUGAAGUCAUUGGUCCGAUGGCCAGCAUUGUCAUGAUUCAGCAAUAUAGUGAUCCUCACAGAACGCAACACUAGGCUUUGAUAAUCUCCAAUAUUCAACGUGCCAGAUUUUGGGGAUUCACAAAAUUCAAGGAAUUAGUCGAUGAUUUUGCACUAAGCCUGCAGCUUAAUCUCACAUUGAAUAACUCGGUAUAGGGUUUCUGUUCUAGUAAUAAUGAGUGCGAGGGUGGCUGAAUGCUUUUACAGAUACUACUGUGGUACAGGCGGGUGGUUGAUUGUUUCUGCUGGUUUUUUGGUUGUUUUUCUUGUUUCUUUGUUUGUUUGUUUUCAUUCGUCAGAGUAUUGUAACAAUUUGCACUUGGCAUCUUACCUUCUCUUCAAAUUCCUCCAAUUCCUCUAUUUACAUGGAGAAAUUCGAGGAGGGGGCGAUGACGUUGGCCAAGAAUCUACUUCCUUUAUGACGUAGAUAUUUGGAUGAUACCUUCACAUCACUACAUGAACUAACAAAGGUAAAUAGGGAUGUUAUUUACGGCCUUCCCACCACUUAGGUGAGAGAGUUAAUCGGUAAGGUGACUUUGUCAUAAGAAGCCUGAUGUAUAAGAAAAUACAUGCAUUUCCUAGUAUUAAAAGCGUGGCCUUUAGUGUAGCAGAUUUGACUUUGUGACGAUGCAAAAGAAAUCAAUUGAUGUCACAUUACAUUUGUCAAAAAAAGUAAGAUUUACGUCCUGUGAAUAUCGACUUCUAUGCUGAUUGAUUAUACCUAUGUGGUCCUCAAAUUCGUUAAGAUUGAAUAAUCCUAGGGAAUUAUGUUGGCC